GAUUCCGAGUACUGCCAAGUUGUAUCUCCUCAUUUCCAUUGCUAUUUGGCUGGUCUUUCCUGUCUCCCACAUUGUCCGGACGUUCCAUGUACCUAUAAAGAGUGUUGCUCUGGUUGUUAGAAGGUGCAUCGGUCUCGUGACUUCCGAAGAAUUUCGGCUUUCAUCAUGAGACGUCAUUAUUCCUUCAACUCCCAGGGCAGAGUUUAAAUGGUUUGGAUUAUUUUUUCUGGUUAGCGUUUUUUUAGCGAGUUAGCUUUUCUACGGGAUGGGGUCGCUAACCCCAUGCCCAACCCUCCUCCUUUACCCGGGCUUGGGACCGGCAGUAACUCUAGAAGAGCUACAGGCGGAGUUUUCUAUAAUUUACCAAUUUAUUUUUCUUCUGUUGUCGUUAAUAUGCCUAGAUUCCUGUCUCGAAGUAUUGGUGAUCCGCUGCUACUAGACACGGAAGCUUAUUAAGCGAACGCUUCUUCUAAUCCGUCCUCAACCAGUUGACCAUUUAGGAUUCGAAUUUACUGCGCUUUAUUCAAUCUUCUCGGAACUCGUGGUUUACUGACGGGAUUUACUUUUCUCACCGUAAAUCAUGUCGUUAUCCCGUCUAGUCAUUGAUGACAACUCAUACAGCUGGAGGUCUAAACUGUUGUCAAGAAUAUCCUGGAGGACUGCAGUCACAAUCGGUAUCCCGCUUGGUAUAGCCGGUUUGACCGUCCUUGUGUAUUACCUCAGAAACAAAAGAGAGAAGAGUGAAGCUGAACUUACUCCAGAAACACCACUAGAGGCUGCUUUAGCGUUAAAGCUAAAAGGAAACAAAUUUUUCAAGGGUGGGCAAUACUCUCAGGCAAUCAGUUUAUAUGAUGAAGGUCUUAAGAAAUGUCCAUUGGAUGCAGUUCAGGAACGUGCAGCUUUCUAUCAAAAUCGUGCAGCAGCCAAAGAGAAUCAACGUCAAUACGAAUCCGCCAUUGAAGAUUGUUCACUUGCAUUAUCAUUAACACCACAUUAUUUGAAAGCAUUAAAUCGUCGAGCUCAUUUGUAUGAAAAAUUAAAAAAGUGGGAUGAAUGCCUUUUAGAUAUGACAGCUUGUUGUAUUUUUGAAAAAUUUAGAAAUGCUGACAACAUUGUUUUCAUGGAUCAAGUACUUAAAACAAUUGGACAACAAAAAGCUCAAGAAGAACGUUCCAAAUUACUGCAUGAAUUACCAUCAGCUUCCUUUAUUCGUAAUUAUUUGAGCGCAUUCGCAUGUAAUCCAUUCACAGUUACUUCUUCACAACUAUCCAAACAUAAUUCACCGACUGAAACUAUUAAGACUGCAGUUAAUGGAGUAACUGAUGAUCAUCCUGUAUCAAAUAUGCCCAGCACCACAGAAUUACCUAACAAUAACGAUCUUAAUCAAUAUGAUUAUGAACAAUUUAAAGAACCUCUUCAAUCAGCGUUUAAAAAUGUAAAUUUAGCCUUAAAUUAUAUGACAAAAGGUGAUUAUCAACAGUCAGCUGACUAUUCAAUGAAAGCUGUUAAUUUAUUCGAAAGAAUUUUAUCGGAUAAGUCGUUCGCAGAUGUAAAGAAUUUGAUUAAUUCAUCAUCUCAACUAGACGAUCAAAAUGGUGAAACAAUUUCAAAACCAAAUGACAAUCCCGCCUCUGUUGAGUCUAAUGAACAUAAUCAAAAUGAAAAUGAGUUGGAUGACAUAGAAAACAAUAGCAUCACCACAAAUUCAAAUAAUACUGACACCCUCAAUAAAAAUAAAAUAAAUGAAUCUAUUCAAGUGUAUAUUAAAGAAGUAUAUAAUCAAAUUUCACUUUUACACGCUACUUAUCAAGCAUUAGCUGGACGUUCUGAAGAAGCAAAAGAACGUUUUCAAAAUAUUGGUAUGGUAGACUCUGCAGCUUCAUUAGUGGUUCGCGUUAAUGCAUUGAUUAAAUCUGCUUGUUUAUCAAUGUCAGUUGAUCAAGAUGUAGCUGCUUGCCUUUAUGAUUUUCAACGUGCACAAAAUGUUUGGCCUGAAUGUCCGGAUGUUUAUCUUCAUCGAGGACAAAUUAAUUUAUUAGCUGACCAAUUAGAUGAAGCAUUGCAUGAUUUGAAUACAGCUGUUAAAUUAAAGCCGGAAUUUUCAGUUGCACAGGCUCAACGUUUGUACACCCUAUAUCGAUGCGCAUUAACUGCCGGUGAUAUUAGUAAAGUGGAUUCUCGUAUUGAAGAGUUUCGUCGAUUAGUGAAGAAAUAUCCCAAUUGUUUAGAAACUCAUUCCUUAUUUGCUCAGAUCCUGUCUGAACGUGGUGAUUUUAAAGAAAGUGAUAAAAUAUUUGCUGAUUUAAUAACCUUAGCACCAGAUUCUGGAUUAGCCUAUGCACAUCGUGGUUUAUUACAAUUAAAAUGGAAACAAGAUCGUGAUGCAGCAUUAUGUUUCUUUAUAGAAGGUAUACAAAAAGAUCCUAAAUGUGAAUUAAUACAUGAAUUACUUGGUCAAUUAUCAGUAGAAAAGGGUCAAUUUAAUGAAGCAUUAAAACAUUUUGAUAUGGCAAUAAAACAAGCUAAAACACAAAAUGAUUUAUCACAUUUAAUAGCAUUACGUGAAGGUGUUAAUGCCCAAUUAAAAGUAUGUGAACAAUAUAAAAUAUCAAUACCGGAUGUAUUAUCAAGUAUACAACAUGAACAACAAAAAUUCUUGAUGGCUAUGCAAGAGAAAAUGUAAAAAUAAAAAAAUUAACCCCCCCCUAUCAUCAUCAUCAUCAUAAGAAUAGUAAUAAGAAGUAGAAGAAGAAAGAGAAAAAGAGACUAUUCUUACAUUACCAUCUUUGUUAUAAUUUGGGUUGGUUUUGUAUAGAAAGAAGAAAAAAAAAGGUUGUUGACAAUCAUUUUAUAGAUCAUUCCAUCUUCAUUAAUUACCCUGUUUUUACCCUCUUUGUCUCAUCGAUACUCAUCAAUGUUUUGAAUUUCAUUGAUUUUUUUUUUCAAUUAGGAGCGUAUUUUGACUUAGUACACAUUUGUUUGAACUUUUUUAUACGUAUGUAUAUGUAUAAAGAGAGGGAGACAAAAUUUUUGGAUGGUAGAACUAAUUUGCUAAAGAAUAUAGAAAUAAAUGAUUAUUUUUG